AGCAAUUGUAUGGUAUGGAGGAGAAUUAGAAGGUUUCUUGAUACUCGAUUUAAGGGAAUUUGUACAUUGGAAAUGUUAUGUCAUAUUAAUGAAAAGAGCCGCAUGAUUAUGUGAGAGACUAAGAAUUAAAGGAAGAACUUAAUUUUCCUAUUACAAAUAGCUGUUUAUUGUUAAUACUCCUACCCUCACCGUUUUCCUGGUAACAAUGUGGUCCUUGGUAUGUCAAUUGUGGACUCUGUUUUCACUGCCUAUGUUGGCAAAUGAUAGGUGCCUCAUGAAGAUAUCCUCUUAUUUGUACCAUCAGUUUGCAUUUUCUCCAUUUGCUAUACUUUAUCUCCUUGAUUUUCAGUUAUGAUUGAGUUAGAACUCAAUCUUGCUUUUGUGUGUCUGUGCUUUGGUAUCUUUGCUUGCAGACCUCUGACUUUGCUUUUUUCUUCGAUUGCUAAAAGUUCAAUUCAUAUGUUUAUGUCUUCUACUGCAGUAAUUGCAGUUCUUUUUAUAUAUGCUUGCUAAUAAUUAUAUGUGCCCUGUAACUGAAGAAGCUUUCUAUACCUCAAAAUUUUGUUUGAUUGUCUUAAUGUUCUCUCAUCAUCUAAAAUUGAGUUUCACUUUUAGGAAUUUGGCAAAGAGUGGUUUAAACUGCCAAGUUCUGAGUUUAAUGUCUUCUCAUUUCCGGAAGCUUAACAUGUCGGGGGAGUUCAUGUGGUUGCACGCCCUUAUCCUUGACCACAGUAGUACUCUGAAUAGUUUCCAGGAGGAUUGUUUUUCUUGCAUGCCCAACUUAAUACACCUAUCAGCGUGUGAUACAAGAGUUGGAAAUCUCUGGACAACAAUUGCAGCACUCUCUAGACUUCCUUCUCUGUUGGAACUUCGGUUCCAGAGUUGGCUGGGUUGCAAUGGCUCUGGGCCUUCUAUAUCAUCUGACGGAUAUUGCGGAAGUGAUUUCAGUCAGCUCAAUCCUUACAAUGGAACAGCCUCCAUUCAUGAUGUACAAAGAGAUCUUAAAGUGAACACAGAAGCGGGUUUCAGAAACUUGUUUCCACUCAAUAAUGUAGUUAUGGACAGGGACUUUCAAAAUCCGGUAAAAGAUUCCUCAGAUGAUAGCGAGAUGGACUUUUUAAGUCACAUAGUGGAACAUGGUUACUACAAACCAUCAUCUAGUACAACUCGGGGAUUGAAUCGAGAAGCUGAUCAACAAGAUGGGCAGGUAUCUUUUGGCACGUUACUGAAUCAAGAUGAAGAAGAAGAGUCAGAAUGUGCUUGUACAAGGCAUAUUGCUGAUGCUGCAUUGAAAUUUGUUCCUUCUCUUGCAUCACCAAUAUGCUUUGAGAAGCAUUAUAGAGAAUACAUGAUAGCUUCACUGCCCCAACUAAAAGUUUUGGAUAACUUGCCUAUCAGAAAUAUUGACAGAGAAAGUGCUGCAACAACAUUUUCACAAUAUUUUGAAUAUCUACCAUACAGAAGGAAGCACAAGGAGAGUGUGAUUAGCGUCCUGCAGAAUCGUGAACUGAAAUCAAGCUACACCAAUUUGCAGACUCCAAAAAGAAAGGCUUCAUGUCAUUUGGGAAAGUCUCAAUAUUUCUACACUAGGUCUCUUUCUGCUGCCAAAGUGGGAUCUUCUGCUUGGCCUUUCUUGCAUCCACUUUCUAUUUUGAGCAGGGAUCUGGUAGAUGAAAAAAGGAGAUAUCGUCCUAGGCAGUUUGAGUAUCACCCAUCUAUCUCUAGCCUGAUGGUCUUUGGUACUUUAGAUGGCGAAGUGAUUGUUGUAAAUCAUGAGAAUGAGAAAGUUGUUAGCUAUAUUCCGUCUCUUGGAGCAAUGAAUAGUGUGUUGGGACUCUGUUGGCUAAAGAAACAUCCAUACAAGCUCAUAGCUGGCUCAGAUAAUGGUUCACUGAAGUUGUAUGAUAUUCAGAAAGCACCAACAACAGUUACGGCCGCAUAUAAUGGCAUGGGUUCUGUUACUUUUGAUGUAUUUGACCAAUUGACAUCUGUUCAUAUCAACUCUACGGAUGAAAUAUUUCUUGCAAGUGGGUACUCGAAAGAUGUUGCAUUGUAUGAUAUUGCUAGUGGAAGACGCUUACAGGUGUUCACCAAUAUGCAUCAACAACAUAUUAAUGUUGUCAAGUUUGCAAACCAUUCCCCAUCUCUUUUUGCUACAUCUUCGUUUGAUCAGGAUGUCAAGCUGUGGGACCUGAGGCAGAAACCAAUUUUUCCUUGCUAUACUGCUUCAAGUACCAAAGGAAAUGUGAUGGUUUGCUUUUCUCCAGACGAUCACUAUCUUCUUGUGUCAGCUGUUGACAAUGAGGUACCUUUAGAUUAGUUUAGUUUCUGUCCA